AUGGCAGAAAAUAAUCCUGAACCGACUCCUUCGGAUGUUGAGAGUAAUUACACAGCUCCGGCAAACGAUCCCAAAAACAUGCAAGAGGUUACACAGUAUGUUCAAUCUCUGCUACAAACAAUGCAAGAUAAAUUUCAAAGCAUGUCUGAUCAAAUAAUUAAUAGAAUAGACGAAAUGGGUACUCGUGUGGAUGAGUUGGAAAAAAAUAUCACAGAUCUUAUGACACAAGCAGGUGUUGAAAAUGAGAAAUAG